UAUUUUAUUUUUAAUGAAAGCUGGAAGAUAGACUUAAAAAGAGAACAUUUUUUACAACAGUUCUCGCAGUCGCCUUGUACGUCGUAAAGUUGCAGGUUUAAUGGUGGUUGCACCCAAUAAUUAUGACGAGGUUUGAAACCGUUCAUUGCCAACAAUUAUGGCACUCAAGAUUUGCCGUGAACAUCCAUUCAGGGGUGGAAGAAAUCUGAAGGAGCCAAGGUUAUGUUGAUGUUUAGUUAAAGUAAAAUGAAUGAAAUACGCAAUGACAUCCAUUGCCAAUCUCAAGGCACUCUGCCAAGAGGGUUGCUUGAAAGAAGCCCUCCAUUGUCUGCUUAUAACGCACAGCAAUCCUGUAGACUCCUCUACAUAUCUUCAACUUCUGCAGGCCUGCAUUGCCAAGAAAGCGCUUUCAGAGGGCAAGCAAAUUCACUCUUACAUCAAGAGCAAUGGAUUUACAUCUGCCACAAACGUUUUUUUGCAAAAUGCAUUUAUCAACAUGUAUGAUAAAUGCGGAAGUUUGGUUGAUGCCCGCAAAGUGUUUGACGAAAUGACCGAACGAGACGUCUUCUCGUGGAAUAUGAUUAUUGCAGCUUACAGAAGACAUGGACUUCCUCAAGAGGCAUUUACACUGUUUCACCAAAUGCAACGAAAAGCGGUUGUACAGCCUGAUCAGUUCACCUUCUCUGCCGUUCUACCUGUGUGCGCUGACAUGGCAUCCUUGAAAAAUGGUUUGCAGAUUCAUGGAAAGAUCAUUAGAUGUGGGUUUGAAGCUCACAAUGUUGUUGUGAUGAAUACGUUGAUGGACAUGUAUGCAAAGUGUGGAAGAGUAGAGAAGGCACGUCAGCUGUUUGAUAAAAUGCCUCAGCCGAAUGUAACGCCUAGUAAAUUGUUUGACAAAAUGUCCGAACGAGAUGUGGUCGCACUUGAAUUGUUUGAUAAAAUACCUCAACGAAAUAUGGUGUCAUGGAAUCUGAUGAUUGUAGGAUAUGCACGGAAUGGACUUGUUGAUGAAGCCUUGGAGCUUUAUAAACAAAUGCAAUUGGCAGGUGUAGAGUCAAAUCCCGCAACCUUUGCCAGUGUCCUACCGGCAUGUGCCAAAAGGGGAGACUUAGAACAGGGUAUGGAGAUCCAUAGAAAAGUAAUGGGAAGUGGAGGUUUCGUGGAUACUGCCAUUGUGAAUGCUUUGAUAGACAUGUAUGCAAAAUGUGGAAGCGUCAAGAAGGCACGUGAAUUGUUUGAUGAAAUGCCUCAGAGAAGUGUGGUCUCAUGGAAUGUGAUGAUUACAGGAUACAUGCAAAAUGGUGAAUUGGAUGAGGCUUUGAGGAUUUUUGAAGAAAUGCCUCAGCGAGACGUGGUGUCGUGGAAUGCAGUGAUUGUAGGCUGUGCACAAAAUGGGCUUGCUGAUAAAGCCUUGGAGUUUUUUAUGACAAUGCAUUUUUCAGGUAUAAAAGCAAACUGUACCACUUUCGUCAGCAUCCUCCCAGCCUGUGCCAAAAUAGGAUCUUUGGAACGGGGUAUUUGUAUCCAUCAAAAGAUAAUAGAAAGUGGGGUUGUGUCAGAUGUUGUAGUUUCUAAUGCUCUGAUUGACAUGUAUGCGAAGUGUAGAAGCAUCCAGAAGGCACGCAAAGUGUUUGACAAAACGCAUAAGGAAGACUUGGUUACGUGGAAUGCGAUGAUCACAGGAUAUGCACAAAAUGGUUUUCUUGAUGAAGCUGUAAGACUUUUAAAAAAAAUGCCUCGACGAGAUGUUGUUUCAUGGACUGCAGUUAUUGCUGGUUAUGCACAACAUGGACUUGGUGAAAAGGCUUUGGUUUUUUUUAAACAGAUGCACUCAACAUCUGUAAAGUCAGACUCAUCAGCAUUUGCCAGCGUCCUCCCAGCUUGUGCCAAAGUUGGAGCUUUAGAACAGGGUAUUGAGAUACAUCAAAAAAUAAUCGAAAGCGGAUUGUUGUCUGAUGUGCUUGCAACUUCCCUGAUAGAUAUGUAUGCAAAAUGUGGAAGCGUACAGAAGGCACGCAAACUGUUUGGCAAAUUGCAUGAUGAAGACAUUAUAUCAUCGAAUGCAAUGAUUACAGGAUAUGCUCAAAAUGGUGUUCUUGAUGAGGCUUUACGUAUUUUCAAAGAAAUGCCUCAACGAGAUGUGGUCUCAUGGACUGCAAUUGUUGCUGGAUAUGCACACAAUGGACUUGUUGAAAAAUCCUUUGAAACUUUUAAGCAAAUGCAAAUAGCUGGCGUGGAGCCAGACUCAUCAGCCGUUGCUAGCAUCCUCCCAUCUUGUGCCAAAAUUGGAGCUUUGGAACAGGGUAUGGAGAUCCAUCAAAGAAUAAUCGAAAAUGGAUUUUUGUCAGAUAUCGUUGUGGCAAACUCCCUAAUGGACAUGUAUGCAAAAUGUGGAUGCAUACAGAAGGCACGUCGAUUGUUUGAAAAAAUACAUCAUCUAGAUGUGGCCUCAUGGAAUGCCAUGAUUGCUGGAUAUGCAAUGCACGGCUUUAGCAAGGAUGCACUCAAACAUUUUGAUUUAAUGAAGCAGUCCGGAACAAAUCCCAACCAUAUUAGCCUUGUGUCUAUUUUAUUCGCAUGCAGUCAUGCUGGUCUAGUUGAUGAGGGCUGUAAAUACUUUAAUCAGAUGAGUGACUCUUAUUGCAUCAUGCCCACAAUGGAUCAUUAUGUGUGCAUGGUUGACCUUCUUGGGCGUGCUGGUUAUCUUGAGGAAACCUUAAACUUUAUCAUCAAAUUGCCAACAAAACCUGACGUGGUUGUGUGGAUGUGUUUGCUUGGAGUGUGUAGAUCACAUAAGAAAAUGGAGCUAGGAGAAUUUGUGGCAAGGAUCCUUUUUGAUUUGGACCCUAAAAAUCCUGCACCUCAUGUUCUUCUGUCAAACAUUUACUCAGAAGUAGGCAGGUGGCGUGAUUCUCAAACUUUAAGGAAAUUGAUGAAGGAUAGAGGAAUCAGAAAGAUCCCUGGAUGCAGCUGGAUUGAAGUCCAUAAAAUGGUACAUGCAUUCUGUAUAGGAGACAGAUCACACCCACAAACACAAGAAAUCUAUGAAAAGUUGGAGAAAUUGUCUUGGGAGAUAAAGGCAGCAGGGUAUGUUCCAGAUGUAAGAUCUGUAAUGAAUGAUGUAGAGGACGAGGAGAAGGAAUUACUCCUCUGCCACCACAGUGAGAGAUUGGCAAUUGCGUACGGGUUGUUAAACAUGCUGCCUGGAACAACUAUUAGAGUUGUCAAAAACCUUAGAGUAUGUGGUGACUGCCACACUGCAACCAAAUUUAUCUCCAAGAUUGUUGGAAGAGAAAUUGUAGUUAGAGAUGCAAACCGUUUCCAUCAUUUCAAACAUGGACAAUGUUCUUGUGGAGAUUACUGGUGAUUCUAAAUUAACCAAGCUAUACUUGUAGGCUUGCAAUAUAACAAGGUGCAUGGUAUCAGACUCACAGUGAAAGCUUGUUGAACUGUCGACUGAAAAGCUGGAAGAUGUCGAAGAAUUUGGUUGGAGGAAAAGGAAAUUUGUUCCACCAGAAGGAUUGAUGAGAAGGGCUUGUCAUCAAACUAAGGCCUGGAUACAGUUCUCCAUUUGGACCUCAAUUAUAUGUAUCAACCUAUAAAUCCGAAUUUCCAUCGGCCAUAGUAGAUUUUGUGUCAUUUAUGGUUAUACAAUGUCAAGGAUAUUCUGGAUCGAUUUAGAUGUGAUUUUUUAAAAUUCUUUUGCAGACAGAAAAGUCACGAGGCUCUGGAGCUAUUGAAAAGCCCUGUGAUAAUUCAUAAAAAUCUGUUCUGCUACCGAGGAACCAUUACAUAUGUUCCUUCUAUACAAAUAUUAUUGUUUGUAAAUGAGAAAUCGUUAAACCAUUUCUAACAAUGAUUAGAUAUUUCUAACGAGAUUUGGCAUGUU